UCAGCUGAUCUUGACAGGAGAGGAGAAAGGGACCGAGGACUAGAGUCAAGUGGAAGGGGAGGAAGAUAGGAGAGCCCCAUAAAACACCCACGAAGAAGAAGAAUAGGAGGUAGUUUGGACUCAUCAAAUCAUAUUCAUCCAAUCAGCUGAUCUUGACAGGAGAGGAGAAAGGGACCGAGGAGGAGAGUCAAGUGGAAGGGGAGGAAGAUAGGAGGUAAUUUGGACUCAUCAUAUCAGCAGCAACGUCACCACCUCCUUCGAGAUGGCUGCGUGUACCCCCGAGAAGAGUGAGUUUGGGGAGGCCCUGAGUGAGCCUCCCCCGGACAUGGUCUCCCAGCGGUCCCUCCAGACUCUGUCCUUCACCACCUUCUCCUCGGCCCUCGCCAAAAAGGUCCAGGACAACCAGUACCACCUCCAUGACAACCCUGAAGGUGUGGUCAACCUGGCCAUAUCAAUCAACCAACUCAUGGAGGAGGAGGUGCUUGCUCAGGUAAACAAGGCACUCACGCUGACACACCGGCACCAGUACUACAACGACACCACUGGCAUUCGGGAGCUGCGAGAGGCUUUGGCGAACUUUUUGACUCGCCACCACAAACCUAACAAAGCGAUCAGUCCAGACAAUCUGUUGGUGAUGAAUGGCCUCACAGCUUGUUUCGAUGCCCUCAGCCACACCCUCUGUGACCCCGGGGAUGUGGUCAUCACCCCCACACCUGUGUAUGGCCGCAUCUACACCAACUUUUACGAUCGCUCGGGUGCCACUGUAGUUCCUCUUCAUUGCUCAGAAACGAAUGACUUUGCCCUUGAAGAAGAUAAGUUGGAAAGUCUUAUUAAGAGUCAACUAGAUGAAGGAAAACGUGUACGUGUGUUUGUUCUCCUCCACCCGCACAACCCUCUGGGCCACACCUACUCCACCAAGCAGCUGCACAACAUUAUGGAGAUUUGUGCUCAAUACAAAAUACAUGUCGUGGUUGACGAGAUCUAUGCCUUCUCCGUGUAUGAUGAAGACACACAGUUCAACAGUGUUUUGGGAAUGACAUCGCUGCCAGACCCUCAGAGGACGCACGUGCUCUGGGGCUUCAGUAAGGAUUUUGCUGUUCCUGGGUUUCGUAUUGGCGUGAUACACAGCUUAAAUCCAUGGGUAUUGUCCUGUCUGGGAACACUGUCCCACUAUCACUCCAGUCCACCACUCACACAACAUGCUGCUGCUACUCUCCUCAAUGAUGUAGAGUGGUGUGACAAUUUCUACAUACCCACCAACAAAGAGAGGUUAGCUGCUGCGUACAAAAAGGUCUGCGAGUCCCUCCAGGGGUGUGGAGUGAAGGUUCACAAGGCUGUGGCAGGGAUCUUCCUCUGGGUGAACAUGCAGCCUUUCCUAGAGGAGUGCAACAAGGAAAAUGAGUUGGCCUUGUUCAUGGCAUUGCUGAAAGGUGGCGUGUGUGUGCUGCCUGGCCAGAAGCUGUACUGUGCCGACCCAGGAUGGUACAGGGUUGUGUUUGCUGCCAAGGAGGAUGCACUUGAUGAAGGACUGGCAAGAAUGCAGGCUGUUUUAUCAGAAUGGAAGCUGAGAAAGGAAAGUAAAACUACAUGAUAGUAUUUGGGUGGCCACAAGUGGCCAUGAUAAGCUGCCUGCCUUACCCUGGUCCUCCUUUCAUGUGGCUUUUAAAUCUCAAGGAAUGGGGAAGCUUUAUAUCAAAACAAUGAUGAAAAUACACUGAUUUUUCUAAAUAUAACUAUCCAAAAGAUUUUUAUUUUUUUUUUUUUCCCACUUCUUUUUUGAGGUUCAUGGUGUACUGGAAGUAACAAAAUCCAAAUGACAAACUUUACUUUAUUUUCACAUUCAAGAAAAGCAGCCCUGUUCCUUUUUUUGCAGCUUCAGACUUGUUGCUUUCUUGACUCUCCCAAGGGUCAUGGCAGUAAUGCCAUUCAUUGUGGAAUACAAAUUUUUGGUGUUAUAAACGUCAAAUGUUUUAUCAGUGCAGCUAUUGAUUUUAACACUAUGCAAGAAUACUGAUAGUCAUGAUAUGAGGAUAAUUAGUCAUAAUACAAGAAUUAUAAAAUUUUCAGCACAGCUUAGACAUUGGGCUGGCUGCUUAAUUUUCUGCUUGUUUAAAACUUUUGCAUUCAUUCUGACUGCAUGCUUUUUCAGUUUUGAUAUACAAGAGUGCACACAAACUAAUUUGCUCCAGUAUCCUUGACCAUAGGUAUUGUUGAAAGAGACCAUGCUGGCAACACCAUACAGUUUGAACUCAGCACAAUGACAUUCUCAGUUAAGUUAGACUGAGUACUUAAGACAUUCUCUAUAGCACUAAUGUUGUAACCUACCACAUUAUCUUAUGCUUUUUGUUACAAUGAAGGAUUGUUAAAUUUUCGUUACAUGUUUGUGAGAGGGAGCAGGACCAUCAGCAUGACCCUUCCGGUGUUUCAUAUUCUCCUUUUCUUCCUCCUGAGCCUGGCAAGCUGGAUCUCCUCACCUACACAUUCCUUUCUUUAGCUACCUCUGUCUGCUACCAAAUGGGACAUCAGCUUUUAACAAGUAACAGUGCAUCUUAUAACUUGUAAGGUGACUUUUCUUAUUAACCCCUAGAGGCUGGGUGACUUACUAGUAUGUCAACUUUGUGACGGCUCAAAAGCUGGGCAACAUGUAUGUACAUAAUUAGAAUUCUUAUUUGAGUUUGAGCUCAUCAGUAAUCUCUUAAUUGUCUAAGGGCUGCUUUCACAGUCGUCUGGUACGCACCUUAACCAAAUGGUCCUACCAUCCUGGUAGCAGCUGUUACCAUUGCCUCGAUCCGCUUUCACAGUCGCUGUUUUCGUGGUAUCGGCGACUACCAGCGUGGUAAUGAUCAUGAGAAGACGAAGCCGCAUGAUUCGGCAGUGUUGGUAUGCCGGAGCGGAGGGAAAUGUCUACAUUACAUCAGCUGAGCGGAGGAUUAUAAAGGAUAAAUGUGAAAAAUAAACGUACAAAAAGUAUACAUGAAGAACAAAAUUAAAAAAAUAACUGUGAAGAAUAAAUAUGAUGAUAAUAAUAUGUGGAAUGUCUCGCUGUAAUACACCACUCAAAUCUGCUGAUAGCCUAAUGUUUCCUAGGGAUAAUAGGUGAAAAAAAAAAAUAUAUAUAUAUAUAUAUAUAUAUAUAUAUAUAUAUAUAUAUAUAUAUAUAUAUAUAUAUAUAUAUAUAUAUAUAUAUAUAUAUAUAUAUAUAUAUAUAUAUAUAUAUAUAUUACAUUUGUUCAUUAUUCACACUUAUUUAGCAGACUUCACAUUUAUAUUUUACAUAACAGGGCUGAUUUCCUUAUAUGUAUGAAACAUGCAUACAUAUGGGGCUAUCUAGAAUAAUACAAAAGUUUGACCAAGAAGGCAUUACAGGUGACAAGUAUUAAAGUCCUCCCUUCUCCUUUGUUGUGUAUUUUGCAAUAAUAAACCAUCAAUCAAUCAAAUUGAAAUUCUCAGCAGGACAUUUACUGUCAGCAGGUGAAGUGAGUUCAUGUCAUUCAAAGUCUUCUAAUUUUUUUCUCAUUACCAUUGAAGCCAUACAAUGUGUUGCUGUAUGGUGUAAUAUUUUUUAACAGCCAUUUAAAUAAAUAAUAUAACCACUUGAGGGUAAGAAUUUGUAUUAUUUACUAAUUAAUGUCAUUGGUAAGCUCCAUUGGGGAGCCCCCGCGGCUACCAGAGCUCCGUUACCAGAGGUUCCAAUCUCUGGUACUGAUGCAAACAAACAGCGCCACAAAAGACUGUGAAAGCGGAUUUCUUGUUGGAAGCGGCGAUCACUGCUCAUUGGUAACGAUCAAAACAAACGAAAGUGACUGUGAAAGCGGCCAUAAGCCUAUAAAUACACUAAACAGGGGGUAGAUUUCACUGUACAUGUGGUGUUGAUAUUGAAGUAUGUGGUUGACUUUCUAAUGUUUGCAUGAGAGCACUAGCCUCACCCAACAAUGUGGGAGUGAGAAGCUAGUUGUUUCUGCAUACUGGAGGACUGAAGUAAAUGAUGACACUGAAUAUUUCUACUUCAGCAGUUUUCAUUUAAUUUGAAGUGGAAGACUUGUCAGUUUGAGCAAAAAUGCCCAGCUUGUGUGCACGGCAAAUAUCAAACCCGCCCAGCCUUAAGGGGUUAAGACCCUUUAAACUCCUUAUUCUAUAUUUUCAAGUUUGAUGCAGAGAUGCAUCCCAGACUCCAGAGUGACUUACUUGAUCAAGACCUUCCAUGCUACUUUUUUGUUGUUGUUCUUAAUGUAUGGUUACAGUUAGGCAUGGUUCAUAGUCCUCAAGUCCAGAGUAGCAUUUACCUGCAAGAGAUUCAUGAAUGUAUAUAAUGUCAUCAUUGAAAAUAAGUUAAAGCAUGAAAACAGCUUUACUGAAGAAAAAUAUAUCCAGCUAGACCAUCAAGAAAUCUUAUGGAUAGUAGUCUUAAGUGUUGUGUCACCUUCAGUGAUUGAUCCCAACAGUACUCAUAAGAUUAGUGUGUCAUGUGUUAGUACCUAAUGAAGAGACAUAUUAGUCUUCACUGCAGGCACAGUACUAUGGUGAAUGGUGAAAAUAUUCUUAGAAAACUGGAGAUAUUCGGGCAGUGUUGAGAGACUUUCCAAAGAUGAGUUAAUGGGAGUGCAUUGCAGGGAGGAGUUGAAAAGGACCUAGGGCCAUCAAAUUGAUGAAAAUAAUUGUUUUUAAAGGCUCUGCUUUUGUUUUCUCUGCUCCUUUGAGAAAAAUAUCCUUAUGCGCAUCCAUGCACGCACACACACAUGCACACAAGAAAAAGUUAUGCUUUUGGUUCAGCUACACACACCAACUAAAUUCAUGUUUUUGGUUCUGCCUAAAGACUCCUGGUGUGUUAGAUGCUUGAGGUAUUACCGUUACAUGAUAUUUGUUGCCAGUUACCAGAAGAUAGAAGUAAUAGUUUAGAUUUUUGUACAUUCUUAAUAAAUUUGUGACCAAUA